GUAAUUAUACAUCAGAAGGGGCGUCUGGUUGAGCGGAUGAUGAGCUGCUAGUCUGAAUCCUCAACAUGGACUUAUGCAAGGCAGCUCUUCUCAUUGGAGCCUUCAUCUGCUCUGUUGGUGGAACAGAAGUAGAUGGUUACUCCAAAACUGAAGGCGCGUGGGUUCUCUCUCUGAACAAAAGACAGUACAUGGUCAACAACGUAGCCGAAUGUGCAGCCAAAUGUGAAGCUGAAACGUCCUUCACGUGCAAAGCUUUUGCUUAUGUGGAGAAGGAUCAGGAAUGUUGGACGGCAGCAGCAAAUUCAAAGACGGAGCUUGUUCUGCGCAGACAGAGCUCCGCUUUAUAUGAAAAGAAGAAAUACCUCCUGGAGUGCAUCAAUGGAAACGGAGCAGAUUACAGAGGAACCAAAGACAGAACAAAAACAGGAAAACUGUGUCAAAGAUGGGAUGCAAAACUUCCACACAGACCCAAUUUCUCUCCACAGACUCAUCCCCUCAAUGACCUGGACUCAAACUUCUGCAGAAAUCCUGAUUCGGACUCCCAGGGACCCUGGUGUUACACCACUGACCCAGACACCCGCUGGGAGCAUUGCAAUGUCUCCAGCUGCACUGAGGACUGCAUUGUCUGCAGCGGUGAGAACUACAGAGGAAAAACCUCCACCACUGAAAAUGGCUUCACCUGCCAGCGCUGGGACUCCCAGAAACCUCAGAAUCACGGCUACAACCCUUCAACUCUUCCAGAGAAGUACCUGGAGGAGAACUACUGCAGAAACCCAGAUGGAGAUCCGCGGCCGUGGUGCUUCACCACCAGCCCGUCCAAACGCUGGGAUUUCUGCUCCAUUCCUCGCUGCACACUGGAGCCUCCCACCAUCGUCCCGCAGACGACCUGCAUCACCGGCGAGGGUCAAGCGUACCGAGGGACGAUCUCCGUCACGGAGACGGGUAAAACCUGCCAGAGCUGGUCGGCUCAGACGCCCCACAAACACAACCGCACACCUGAAAACUACCCCUGCAAAGGUUUAGACAAUAAUUACUGUCGUAAUCCUGACAACGAAAGGAGGCCCUGGUGCUACACCACCGACUCUGAAACUCGCUGGGAGUACUGCAGCGUGCCUCGCUGCGGAGACGCUCCAGAUCCGGCUGAAGGCGUGGUUCCUCCAGAAGGAGACGACUGUUACGACGGGAACGGAAGCAGCUACCGGGGAAUAACAUCACAGACGAUCAGUGGGAAAAAAUGCCAGUGGUGGAGUUCACAAACUCCUCAGAAACACAGCAAAACUCCAGAGAGUUUCCCUUCAGCGGACCUGAAGAGGAAUCUGUGCAGGAACCCUGACGGAGACCGAGCGCCGUGGUGUUACACCACCGACCCUGCAGUCCGCUGGGAAUACUGCAACAUCGAAAAAUGCUCCCCCAAACCCGUAGGAGCACCAAGCCCAACUCCGGCUCAGACAGUUUCAGACUGUAAGAUUGGAAAUGGAGCGACGUACAGAGGCCCGACCUCCAUAACGCUGGUGGGCGUGACUUGCCAGGCGUGGAGCGCUCAGAGCCCGCACCAACACAACAGCUUCACGCCAACCAGCCACCCUGAUAAAGGUCUGGAGGGAAAUAGCUGCAGAAACCCAGACAACGAUGUGAACGGACCGUGGUGCUACACCACUGACAGGAACAAGAAGUGGGAUCACUGCCAGAUCCCUGAUUGUGCUGGAAUGGAAUGUGGGACGCCGGUAAACAGGCCGAAGCGCUGUUUUGGUCGUAUUGUUGGUGGCUGCGUGUCCAAACCUCAUUCAUGGCCCUGGCAAAUCAGCCUCCGAACCAGCUCAGGAAUCCAUUUCUGUGGUGGGACUCUGAUUGACCCACAGUGGGUCCUCACUGCUGCACACUGCCUGGAAAGGUCCAAACGGCCCUCAGCCUACCAGGUAGUCCUGGGAAUCCACAGGGAAACAGCUACAGAGUCAUCCAAACAAAUACGGCAGCUAGAGAAACUGGUGCUGGGACCCAAUGGAGCGGACAUUGCUCUGCUCAAACUGCAGAGCCCAGCUGUUAUAAAUGACAAAGUGCUUCCUGCUUGUCUGCCUGAAAAGGACUACAUUGUUCCCAGUGGAACAGAGUGUUACGUCACUGGUUGGGGUGAGACGCAAGGUACAGGAGGUGCGGGUACGCUGAAGGAAGCUGGAUUCCCUGUGAUCGAGAACAAGAAAUGCAAUCAGCCAUCUUACCUGAACGGAAGAGUUAGGGAACACGAGAUGUGUGCCGGAAACAUUGAUGGAGGAGUCGACAGCUGCCAGGGUGACAGUGGAGGUCCUCUGGUGUGUUAUGAACAGAAUAAGUACGUCCUGCAGGGUGUGACAUCAUGGGGUUUGGGAUGCGCCAACGCCAUGAAACCUGGAGUCUACGCUCGCGUGUCCAAGUUUGUGGACUGGAUCGACCAGACAAUAAAGGCCAACUCAAAUGUCCCAGCAUGAAAUGUGACCGGAGGUCAAAAACAGGAUACACACCUUCCUGGUUUUGGGUUUAUGUGAGUGUUUUAUGUAACAGGAUUAAAUUGUGUUAUUUAGAAGAAACCUGGAACCUUUAUGUGAUUAAAGGUUUAUUGAUGAAAAUUCUUCUAUGCUUUUUGAAUUGAUUGAAAAAAUAAAUUACACUGGUUUUGGUUCCAAACA